AUGGCUCAGGCCAUGUCACGUGUGGACUCGAGCAGGUCCAUCGCCUCAGCCAUGUCGCAGACCUCGCGACUGUCCAACAUGGAUAGCACGGGAAGCGUGACCGCAUUCCGGACAGGGACACAUGCCCCUGCCCCCAUGGCCGGCAUGGACUCGUGCUUGCUGCUAGACGCUGACGCUGGUUCUGUGCCUCCGCAAAUGUACUGGGCCGACUACAAUCUCGACAUGAACUUGCAUGCCGAGAACCAGGGUGUUUACUCCCUUGCUGAUGCCAGCCCACUUCACGUGGUGCCUGCCCACAUGCAUCUCGGCGCUGAGUCUGGAGUGCCGGACAACUCCUCGCCCAGUUCAUGGGACUGCUUUUCUAGCUCCAUUUCCCGGACUUCUUCUCCUGCCACGGUUGAUGAGACCUGGAUCUCGGGCCCGAUGAGCCCGCAUUCUUCUCCCGACAUCAAAUGUCAAUCGCCAAGCAACGGAGUUGCUCAGAUCGACGAGUCCAUGGGCCUGUCGCAAACUUUCAUGCCGCGUCGCCAGGGCAGUGACGGCGAGUCCGCCCGGGACCAUGCGCUCUACAAGAACGCCACACCUGGACCUGAUAACCUUUUCCACUGCCCCUGGGAGGGCCAGCCCAAUUGCAACCACAAGCCCGAGAAGCUCAAGUGCAAUUACGACAAAUUUGUCGACUCUCACCUCAAGCCUUAUCGCUGCAAGGCGGAUACCUGCGAGGGCGCUCGAUUCUCGUCCACUGCUUGCCUCUUGCGCCACGAGCGCGAGGCACACGGUCUCCACGGCCACGGUGACAAGCCCUUCCUCUGCUCUUACGAAGGGUGCGAGCGUGCUGUCCCAGGAAACGGCUUUCCCCGUCAAUGGAACCUGAGGGACCACAUGAAGCGCGUGCACAAUGACCACGGCAGUGCCGGCGGUUCACCCCCUUCUGCUGCUCCUGGUGCUCAAUCGUCUACCAAGGGCCGCAAGAGGAAGACUGAUGUCCCGGAACCGCAAGCUACCAGCACGCGCAAGGCGUCUGUGAAGUCGCUGCCAGUUGAACCUGUACAGGCCACGGCCAAGCCGCUCCUUGACCAGUGGCUGGAUCACCGCCGGGCCGUAGAGGGCAUGAUUCGUGGACUCCACAAGCCGGAAGACUCGCGCAACCUCCAACAAAUCACCGAAGUCCAGAAGCACCUGGCGGCCAUGGCCAAGGUGACGACGGAGCUUAACGGCAUGCCCAAGGCCGAAAUCAUGCCAGCCCCCAGCCGCAGGAGCUACGCUUCAGGUUGA